AAACUCUCUCUUUCUUUCUACACUUUCCUUCUCCCUCUCUCUGUCUACACUUUCUCAGACGCUUCGGGCCGAUUCAUCAAUGAACCCUUAGUAUUUCUAUAUUUAUCUUCUUGAUUCUGCUCUAGGGUUUUUAUUCCGAAACCUUUCUGUCUUCUCUCUCACGUUGUAUUGGUUUUUUUUUUUUUUCUCUUGAAGCCCCUAUAUUACUCUGUUUUCUCUUUCUUGAUUCUUAGUUUUAGGUCGGAAUUAUGAUUGUCAUGUCCAACAACGAAAUGCGGGUGGGGUACAGAUUUCGUCCGACGGACGAAGAACUCGUCGAUCACUUCUUGAGGUUUAAGAUCAACGGUGAUGAGAGAAAAGUCUCUGAUAUUCGUGAGGUCGAUGUUUGUAAAUUCGAACCGUGGGAUUUACCUGAUUUAUCUAGGAUAAAGUCAAAUGACAACGAAUGGUUCUUUUUCUGUCCAAAGGAUCGGAAGUAUGUGAAUGGGCAGAGGCUGAACAGAGCAACACAGCGUGGAUACUGGAAGGCAACGGGUAGGGAUCGGCUGAUCAAGUCCCAUAAGAGCGAAAUUGGUAGAAAGAAGACUUUGGUCUUCUAUACCGGGCGUGCUCCAAAUGGCAGCAGAUCCCAUUGGGUUAUGCACGAGUACCGUGCUACUAGGAAGGAGCUUGACGGGACGAAACCAGGACAGGGAGCGUUUGUCCUCUGUCGCCUUUUUAAGAAAGAUGAUGAGAAGCACGAUGAUGUCAUUGAAGGUUCAAACUGUGGUGAAGUUGAAGAGAAUGUUCCUUCUCCUGGGGUGUGUGAGUAUCAACUAGGAACAAAAAAUGUUCCUUCUCCUGCCGCAGUUAAACCAUAUGCUGAAUUGGAGGCAGUAACCCCUGUGAUGACAGCAGAAGCUGAAAAUCAAACUUAUAGUAAUUCUGAAAGCAUUCACUUUGACACUCCAUUACCUUCUGAGUGUGACAGCAAUAUCCAUGUUUAUGAGGAUGCUGAAGAUCAAGUGGUAGAUGUGCAGUCGGAUCCAGAGCUGGAGGAAAUGUUGAAAGCAUUUUGUGACCCAGUGCUGGGGCCACCAGAUGAAAAAAUCUUCUCUCCAUUGCAUUUGCAGAUGCAGAUGGAGCUUGGAUCUUCUUACUCGAAUUUCCCGGCCACUAAUAACACAAGCAAUGACCACAAUGGGGUUCAGUUUCAAUGUGGAUCAAAUGAACUGGAUUUUACUGAAUUCCUGGAUUCAGAAUUCGUGGAUUCAGUUCUUGUUAACUUAGGAGAGCAAGCCUUUGAGGACACAAACAGUGAGAUUCUGAACUAUAAUACUCCCACAAAGCCGUAUGCUGCUAUAUCAUCAGUGACCCAAGGACAGUUUGAUCCAGUGAUGGAAAGUUGUGAAUGCUUUGGUCUAAACUUCAGCCGAACGGCUCCUACACAUAUGGAAAUGUCUCCAGCAACGUGGGGAACUCCUCAAAUUUGUGCUAUUUCGCAUUGCAGUGCUUCUGGUUUCCUGCAAGAUAAUUCUGUUGGAUUGGGUGCUUUAGCUGCUGAUUUUACUGGUGAAUGUAAUGCUUUGUCUGCUGAAUCAAGCUCUUGUGGCAGUGCAUUUGGUGGUGUUGAGAUGGUUGAAACUGGAAUAAAGAGAGGAACUAGAACUCGUCAACUGCAAAAUCAACCAAGCGCCCAAAAAUCUGCUGCAUAUGGAACUGCACCAAGAAGAAUCCGUUUGCAGAAGAACCUUCAAGUGGGACCAGUUUCCUGUAUCAACUUGUUUAGCAAUAGUGAAGAAAACCAUGAUGCCAACCCAAAAGUGACUAUGACUGAAAAUGUUACGGAACAGCGUGUUUCUGCUUCUGCUGAUGCAGUAGCUACCAUUGAUGAAAUCCAAGAAGUAUCCCUCUCAGAAUCCAUGGAUCACAGAAAAUUUACUCAAAAACUCAUUUUGGGUAAGAAGAGGUCAAAAGGCACUACUGUGAUGGGCAAUACCGAGAAGGUUCUCUCUGCUUCCUCAGAGGCUUCUCCAGUAUCAAUAUCAUCUGAUUUUAUGCUUAGGGUACUCUUGGCUAUAGGUUUGUACAUAAUUUUCGUUGGCUUUUUAAAAAGCCUUGCAAUUUGAAGUUGUUUAGAGAAAGGAACUCUUAUCUUUGUGUUAGCAUUAAUAGGUGUAUUCCGUUUGUUUACAUUGGUAUCCAUAUCUAUAUACAGUCGACUUUUAAUUCGA